CUUGACGAAGCUGUUUGGCAGUAGCUAAAAGAGUGGGGAGGGAAGAGACCAGAUGAAUAGAGGAGAAAGAAUUUCAGAGAAAAAAGCCCUUAAGCCAAAGGAAGGCCUUCCACUAUUUGCUUUAACUCUUCUGGACAUUUCAACAACUUGGGAAGACUGACUUGGUCACUGCAGCCAGCUUAGUGACCCUGCCAGGAUAAUGGAUUUUCCAGGUCACUUUGAACAGAUCUUCCAGCAACUGAACUACCAGAGACUUCAUAGCCAGCUCUGUGAUUGUGUCAUUGUGGUGGGGAAUAGACACUUCAAGGCCCACCGCUCGGUGCUGGCAGCAUGCAGCACACAUUUCCGCGCCCUGUUCUCAGUGGCAGAAGGAGAUCAGACCAUGAACAUGAUCCAGCUGGAUAGCGAGGUGGUGACAGCGGAGGCCUUCGCCGCCCUGAUUGACAUGAUGUACACCUCCACGCUCAUGCUGGGGGAGAGUAAUGUCAUGGACGUCUUACUGGCAGCCUCUCACCUGCACUUGAACUCCGUCGUUAAGGCAUGUAAACAUUACCUGACGACAAGGACGCUGCCCAUGUCUCCCCCCAGCGAGCGCGUGCAGGAGCAGAGCGCCCGCAUGCAGCGCUCCUUCAUGCUGCAGCAGCUGGGGCUGAGCAUCGUGAGCUCGGCCCUCAGUUCCAGCCAGGGUGUGGAGGAGCCCCCAGCCCCGAUAAGCUCAUCGAUGCGCAGUAACCUGGACCAGCGGACGCCCUUCCCCAUGAGGCGCCUUCAUAAGCGCAAGCAGUCGGCCGAGGAGCGGGCCCGGCAGCGCCUGCGCCCCGCCCUGGAUGAGGCUGCCGUGUCCGACGUGGCCCCGGAGGCCGGGCCUGGGGGAGUGCAUUCCCGGGAGGAGUUCUUUUCACCAGAUUCGCUGAAGAUGGUGGAGAAUCCUAAGCCUGACGGAAUGACGGACAGCCAGGAAGACGGCGGCAUCCUGUUUGACCAGUCUUUCGGGGCCCAGGAAGACGCCCAGGUGCCCAGCCAAUCGGACAACACUGCCAGCAACAUGGCGCAGCUGUCCAUGGCCUCUCGCGCAACGCAGGUGGAGACGAGCUUUGAGCAGGAGGCUGCCGCCGAGAAGAGCGGUUUCCCGUGUGAGAACCCCGAGGUUGGCCUUGGCGAGAAGGAACACAUGAGAGUGGUGGUGAAGUCGGAGCCCCUGAGCUCCCCGGAGCCCCAGGACGAAGUGAGCGACGUCACCUCCCAGGCCGAAGGCAGCGAGUCCGUGGAAGUGGAAGGCGUGGCCGUCAGCGCCGAGAAGAUAGACCUCAGCCCCGAGAGCAGCGAUCGUAGUUUUUCAGAUCCUCAGUCUAGCACCGACAGGGUGGGUGACAUCCACAUUUUGGAAGUCACAAAUAACCUUGAACAUAAGUCUACUUUUAGCAUUUCAAAUUUUCUGAACAAGAGCAGAGGGAGUAACUUUAGUACAAGUCAGAGCAAUGAUGAUAACAUCCCGAACACUACUAGUGACUGCAGGCUGGAGGGGGAAGCCCCUUACUUGUUGAGUCCCGAGGCUGGGCCUCCAGGCGGGCCUUCCUCUGCCCCCGGCUCCCAUGUGGAGAAUCCAUUCAGCGAGCCUGCAGACUCCCACUUCGUCAGACCCAUGCAGGAGGUGAUGGGCCUGCCAUGUGUGCCGACUUCAGGUUACCAAGGAGAACAGUUUGGGAUGGAUUUUUCCAGGUCUGGCUUGGGCCUCCACUCCUCCUUUUCCAGGGUAAUGAUGGGUUCCCCAAGAGGAGGAGCCAGUAAUUUUCCAUACUACCGCCGUAUAGCUCCCAAAAUGCCCGUUGUAACUUCCGUCAGGAGCUCACAGAUCCCUGAAAACUCUGCCAGUUCCCAGCUGAUGAUGAAUGGGGCCACAUCCUCAUUUGAAAAUGGCCAUCCUUCCCAGCCUGGACCUCCACAGUUGACCAGAGCAUCUGCCGAUGUCUUGUCAAAGUGCAAGAAGGCCUUAUCAGAGCACAAUGUCUUGGUGGUAGAAGGAGCUCGCAAGUAUGCCUGCAAGAUCUGCUGCAAAACCUUCCUGACUUUGACAGAUUGCAAGAAGCACAUCCGUGUUCACACAGGUGAAAAGCCGUACGCCUGCCUGAAGUGUGGCAAGAGGUUUAGUCAGUCUAGCCACCUGUAUAAACAUUCCAAAACGACCUGCCUGCGCUGGCAGAGCAGCAACCUUCCCAGCACUUUGCUCUAACUCUCCUCCUUGUAAGACCAUGUCUAGGCCAGUUCUGGAACUUUUGGUGGGCAGUUAAUGCCAUGGAGGCUUCAGCAGCCAGUUUUGAUGAUGCGCACGUGGAGAGUGGUUCCAUGUCACACUUGGGCUGCAGCAGUGUGUAACUUGUAAGAGGGGUGCAAUCCUUGGAACCGGCGUCUUCCUUAGGGCUGAGUAAUCCAGUCCUACAGUAGUUUGCAACUGAUGUUGUUAAAAGUGGCAUAUUUAGAAAUUUAAAAAUGCAAGUGCAAAAAACAUUUUUAGGCAAUUUUUUGAAAUGCUCUGUGAAGCAUUUAAAUUUCCUAUGCCCUCUGGUGAGACUAGUACAACCCUGUACCAUGAUGCAAAAUGCACUUAUGUGUAACCAGUGGCAACGUGGUGCCAGUCUUAAAGGAAGGCCCUCGAGGACAUGCCUGUCCGCCACAGACGCUUUAAAGUGUAUCCUGAGCCAGUCCUAGGUCUCAGAGUACUGUAUUUUUUUUAUUUGUUAUUUUUUUGUCUGAGUUGCAGUCACAGACACUGCCCUUUGAUGGUGCUGACACUGAGUCCAGGUGAGCAUUCUCUUGGAAUAACAGCUGUAUAUACUUUUGAAAAUAUCUCUGCUGGAUAGAUAUUUUAACUUUUUUUUCUGGCUUAAAAACAAAGUUGUAAAUUGAGUAUAUACUUGUAGGGAGUGACAAGUAGGGUUUUAUUUCUGUAUGUGCUAUUUUAGCAGUAUUUUAACUUGUAUUACCAAUGUUACAGUUCCUGUUUGAAUGUCAGCAAAGCACUAGUGUUUGUCUUUGUUCUGAUGGUGUGAAGUCAUGUAUUGUGGGGGUUUUCCUGGCACAUUUUCCCUCUGCUCCAUCCAGCUGUUGAAGACCAGUCCUGUCAGACGCAUCUCUGCUGAGGACAAACCGUCUUGUCUUGUUUCGUUUCUUCGCGCUCCCAUGCCCCAUGUGGCAUCUCUCCCAAUCCUAGAUUACUGUUAUCAGUUACAAAGUAGCCCAACAGAAUGCCACCCUCCAUGUUUUUAUUAUAUACUAUAUUUUAAAAGCAUACACACUAAAUUUUUAUUGUUGUUGCCCUUCCAACCCAAUACUGAGUGUUGCGAAAUUAUGUGAAGUCCAUAGGUAGUAGUAUUCAUAGAUGGAUAUUUUUCCAGACUUAAGACAUUAGGGAGCCCAUGACAUAGAAGUUACCCAUUAGCUUUCAAACCUGAGUAGCAUUCUGGACACUAACCAGGGCUUCUACCAGGCCCUCCUGCCCUACCUCCCCAAUCUUUGCCUUGCUGUCCUCCAACAUGAGGCUGUCACCCGUGCAGCCAUGGGAAUGGCACAGGUUCAUGCAUCUCUGUCAGUUUAGUUCCUGCAUGAACAGGAGUUUAUUUUUUCUUACAUAGCUCUCAGACAGCAAACCAUUGUGCAGAAUUCAAGAGAUCAGUUCUGAAGUUUAGAAAGCCAACUAUAUGUACCCUAAAACAAAAAUGAGUGUGUAUCUUCUCAGUCUAGUGUGUGCAGUUAUACCUCUGUGGAUAAACUAUGGUGUUCCCAGAGGGCUUGGCAUCUCCUGUGGACUCCUAGGAGGAAACCCCAAAGGGAAACCUGUGAUUCCUCCUUUUGAGCACUGUGGAGGAUGUAGGAUCAUCUGUGAAGUUCAGUUGUGUGUGGUUCAUUGUCAAGUGAUGUGAGGGGCUCUAAUUCUACCCUCAUGAUGUAGGGACCAGUGUCCUGUGAGAUUAAUCUCUGGAGUCAGGUAGGUCAGCAUGGAGAACAAGUGAGGUCCUGCCUGGGCCUGGGGCGAGGAGCCUGCCCCCUCAUACCUGCUUGGCACAAGUGGACUUUGCAUUGGGGCCCAUCUGACACAUGCUGGAGCCCUCUCUCCACUGCUGAAUGGAACCUGGAAUAUCUCAUCUACCUCUUGGUCAGUCGGUUUCUACGUGCGAGAAGCAAGCUUGUUGGCCAUUGUCCUCAGACAUGCUGUAGCACUUAAAAAGUAAUUCCAAGGUUCUCUGGAGAACCAGCUCCCAGAGAUCCUGCCUGGAUUCUAACUGGUAUUGGGACCUGAAUUUUGAUUGAUUAGCCUUAAUUAUAGCCUGGCAUAAUCUUGUACAAUGUAUUCUGGUGAUCACAUCAUCAAGUUCGAUCAGGGCACCUUUGUCAGUGGUGCUAUGCUGG